AACAGCGGCGUCAACAUUUUACGUAUUGUUCCGGGCAAACAACCUAGUCCAAAGCAGUCAAACAUGGGACACACCAGUUUGGAUAAGAUCAAAGCACUACAGAAGAAUCCUGCCAACGUCAGGAACCUGUGCAUUCUGGCACACGUGGACCAUGGCAAAACAACUCUGGCAGAUAGCUUGGUGGCGAGCAAUGGCAUUAUAUCAAGUCGCUUAACCGGAAAGCUGAGGUACCUGGACAGCCGGGAGGAUGAGCAGAUCCGAGGGAUCACCAUGAAGUCCAGCGCUAUCUCACUGCACUAUGCUGCUGGGGAGAAGGACUACCUGAUAAACUUGAUUGACUCUCCGGGCCAUGUGGACUUUUCGUCUGAGGUGUCCACCGCCGUCAGACUAUGUGACGGGGCCAUUGUCAUCGUAGAUGCUGUGGAGGGAGUUUGUCCACAGACCCAAGCAGUGCUGCGUCAGGCGUGGCUGGAGAACAUCAGGCCUGUGCUGGUUAUCAACAAGAUUGACCGGCUCAUCAUGGAGCUGAAGCUCACCUCUCAGGAAGCCUACACACACCUGCAGAAGAUUCUAGAACAGGUGAAUGCAGUGACAGGCUCUUUGUUUACCUCCAAAGUGCUGGAGGACCGCGCGGUGAAAGAGGAGCGGGCGGAGGAAGAUAAGGAGGAGGGGGACAUCGAGCCUGCUGAGUGUCCCGGGUCAGAACAGGUGUACGACUGGAGCGCCGGGCUAGAGGAUUCAGAUGACUCCCAGCUCUACUUCUCUCCAGACCAGGGGAAUGUGGUCUUCGCCAGUGCCAUAGACGGAUGGGGCUUCAGUAUCCAGCAGUUUGCCCAGAUCCACAGCCAGAGGAUGGGCAUCAGGGCUGAGGUACUCCUGAAGACCCUCUGGGGAGACUUCUACCUCAACGCUAAAGCCAAGAAGAUCAUGAAGGGAGCUCACGCCAAAGGAAAGAAGCCUCUGUUUGUUCAGCUCGUCCUGGACAACAUAUGGAGUUUAUAUGACGCUGUUGUUACCAGACGAGACAAGGAGAAGAUAGAGAAGAUGAUGAUGUCACUAGGUGUUAAGGUGAUGACCAGAGACUUGCGUCACUCCGACCCCAAAGUCCUCCUCUCUGCCAUCUGCAGCCAGUGGCUCCCCGUCUCACAGGCUGUACUGUUCAUGGUGUGUGAUAAGCUGCCCAGUCCGUUGGACAUGACCUCUGAGAGAAUAGAGAGACUGAUGAGUGUGGGAGCACGCAGGUUCCACUCACUACCCCUGCAGACCCAGGAGCUGAAGUCCGCCUUCAUGCAGUGUUCCAGUGAUGACACAGCCCCUGUCAUUGUGUUUGUGUCCAAGAUGUUUAUGGUGGACGCCAAGGCCCUGCCUCAGAACAAACAGAGGCCGUUGACCCAGGAGGAGAUGGCCCAGCGCAGGGAGCUGGCCAGACAGAGACACACUGAGAAACUGGCAGCCAUUCAGCAGACAGAAAGUGGGGAGGGAAAUGCCCAAUCAGGAAGUACAACACUGGCAACCACUCCUGGUGGAGACAACACCAUAGGUAGUGAGGGUGUCUCAGGCCAGAUGCAGGCCCUGUCUCUGAAGGCUAAACCGGAGGAGGGGAAGGAGACGUUCGUAGCCUUCGCCAGAGUCUACAGUGGGGUGGUCCGCAGAGGACAGAAGGUGUUUGUGAUGGGGCCCAAAUACGACCCUGCACAAGGCCUGCGCAUUCUCCCAGAGGGCAGUACUAGUGUGAGUGCCUGUCUCCCUCCCGUCCCUCACCUGGCCUGCUGCACCAUGGACAGCCUCUACCUGCUGAUGGGCAGAGAGCUGGAGGAACUAGAAGAGGUGCCAUCAGGGAACGUACUGGGUAUUGGCGGUCUCGAGGAGUGUGUGUUGAAGUCUGCGACCCUCUCCACCUCCCCUGCCCUCCCCCCUUUCAUCCCCCUCAACUUCGAAGCUACGCCCAUCGUACGAGUGGCCAUCGAACCCAAACACCCAAGUGAGAUGCCUAAGCUGGUACGGGGUAUGAGGCUGUUGAACCAGGCUGACCCGUGUGCUGAGGUUCUGAUCCAGGAGACAGGGGAACACGUACUGGUCACGGCCGGAGAGGUCCACCUGCAACGCUGUCUGGACGACCUCCGAGAGAGGUUUGCCAAGAUUGAGAUCAGUGCCUCCAAGCCUAUCAUCCCAUUCAGAGAGACCGUGAUCAGACCACCCAAAGUGGACAUGGUCAAUGAAGACCUGGGGAAACAACAGAAGGUGGCUGUGCUCCACCAGGUGAAAGAGUCAGACACCCUGCACCUGGACCCCAGCGGCCUGGUGACCCUCACCACCCCCAACAGACAGGCCACCGUGGGGGUACGGGCCAUACCACUACCCGAAGAGGUGACUCUUCUACUGGAGGGUAGUGCUGACUUGAUCCGGACCCUGGAGCAGGCAUGUCAGGCCCAGAGGGAGGGGAGGACCCUGGACAUGAGUACCUGGACCCUGGAUGCCCUGAUGGGGCUGAAGAGCAGGCUGGAGGUCCUGCUGCAGGGGAGGAAGUGGAGGAACGCUGUGGACCGGAUAUGGGCCUUUGGACCACGCAGGUAUGGACCAAACAUCCUCCUUAACAGCGUAGAGGGGUACCAGAAACCAUCCGUGUGGCACUGCCUCGAACGAAAGAAAGGAGAGAAAGAGGGAGGGGAAAAAGCUGAUGCCAGCGCCAUCCGAGACUUUGACAACAGCAUUGUCAGCGGUUUCCAGCUCGCCACCCUCUCUGGUCCCAUGUGCGAGGAGCCCCUCAUGGGCGUCUGCUUCUCUAUGGAGAGAUGGGACAUGAACUUCCCCACCCAGCGCACCCACCUGGACUCUGUGACUGAAGAAGACUCCAACUCCCGUGAUGCAUCUGUUUCCUCAGGCAAGGCAGGGGGAGUGGGUGAGACACCUUCCCAGGCAGAGGGUGCCGUGGCUGGGGAGAGCCAGGGGAGACGCAGGGCGGAGGUUGGGGCCGGGCUAGUGGACUGCUACGGGCCGUUCUCUGGCCAGCUCAUAGCUGCUGUGAAGGAGGCUUGUCGGCACGCGUUCCAGGCCAAACCUCAGAGACUCAUGGCUGCUAUGUACACCUGUGAAAUCAUGGCUACAGCAGAGGUGUUAGGUCGUGUGUACGGGGUCCUGGGGAAGAGGGAGGGCCGAGUGUUACAGGAGGAGAUGAAGGAGGGGACGGAGAUGUUCAUCAUCAAGGCCGUCCUUCCUGUGGCCGAGAGCUUCGGAUUCGCUGACGAGAUACGCAAGAGAACCAGUGGAUUGGCUAGUCCACAACUGGUCUUCAGCCACUGGGAGGUGAUCUCCAGUGAUCCGUCCUGGGUUCCUACCACAGAAGAGGAGUACCUCCACUUUGGAGAGAAGGCUGAUUCCGCCAAUCAGGCUCUGAAAUACAUGAACGCUGUUCGCCGGCGUAAAGGACUGUACGUGGAGGAGAAGAUAGUGGAGCACGGCGAGAAACAGAGAACACUGAGCAAGAACAAAUAGGCCCGUGUGUGUGUUUCCUGAUUGACUCCUACCAACACACACCCGAGACAGACAUCAUCAAGAGCAUCCAGGGUAUACUGUCCCCCAUCGCUCCACCAUCAUCACCCCCUCUAACUGUCACUGUCCCCCAUCGCUCCACCAUCAUCACCCCCUCUAACUGUCACUGUCCCCCAUCGCUCCACCAUCAUCACCCCCUCUAACUGUCAGUGUCCCCCAUCGCUCCACCAUCAUCACCCCCUCUAACUGUCACUGUCCCCCAUCGCUCCACCAUCAUCACCCCCUCUAACUGUCACUGUCCCCCAUCGCUCCACCAUCAUCACCCCCUCUAACUGUCACUGUCCCCCAUCGCUCCACCAUCAUCACCCCCUCUAACUGUCACUGUCCCCCAUCGCUCCACCAUCAUCACCCCCUCUAACUGUCACUGUCCCCCAUCGCUCCACCAUCAUCACCCCCCUCUAACUGUCACUGUCCCCCAUCGCUCCACCAUCAUCACCCCCUCUAACUGUCACUGUCCCCCAUCGCUCCACCAUCAUCACCCCCUCUAACUGUCACUGUCCCCCAUCGCUCCACCAUCAUCACCCCCUCUAACUGUCACUGUCCCCCAUCGCUCCACCAUCAUCACCCCCCUCUAACUGUCACUGUCCCCCAUCGCUCCACCAUCAUCACCCCCCUCUAACUGUCACUGUCCCCCAUCGGCUCCACCAUCAUCACCCCCUCUAACUGUCACUGUCCCCCAUCGCUCCACCAUCAUCACCCCCUCUAACUGUCACUGUCCCCCAUCGCUCCACCAUCAUCACCCCCCUCUAACUGUCACUGUCCCCCAUCGCUCCACCAUCAUCACCCCCUCUAACUGUCACUGUCCCCCAUCGCUCCACCAUCAUCACCCCCUCUAACUGUCACUGUCCCCCAUCGCUCCACCAUCAUCACCCCCUCUAACUGUCACUGUCCCCCAUCGCUCCAUCAUCAUCACCCCCUCUAACUGUCACUCAAAAUGAGCCACUGAUGCUUUUAUAUUACGGAGCAGUUUUGCUGAAAUCCUCUUUAGAAAAUGUUUUUUUUUAGUCCAGAACUAGACUUAAUCUGUGUCUAGGAAACCGGCCCAAUGGGUUUUAAUAGCUGGACAUGCAGCUGUGUCUUUACCCAGGAGAAUCCCUUUCAGCUAUGCAUAAUUGACGAGUGUUCCUGUUCAGAUCCAGUUUUGCUGUUAAGUGAAGUGGCUUGAAUUAAUUUCUGCUCUCAACCUAAUUGAAUUGCAGUACCCAGCCCCCUGUAGAGCGGCAUUUCAUUUGGAAAAACAGAAAUAUGAUGCAAAGUGGGAUUGUACGUUUUUUAAUUAUUUGGGGACAGCGCUAGCGAGCUCUAGCCUUGUUGAUAUGCUAUGUUGAGAGCUCUGGGUAAGGUAUCUGUGUACAAGACAUAAAGCAAAAUGUGCAGUAUUUACCAGAAAGCAAUAAAGGAAGAAAAUUGUG